AUGCAAUUCGAUUCGCCCAUUCUGAGAAUUCUGGAAGCAAUAUAUAACGACCGGGGUGACCGAGAACCACAUUGCACCGAAGCUUCAUCUUUUUCAAAGGAGUUUGAAGAACGUAUUCCCUCAAACAAAGCCCGAGCAACUCUCAGCGAGGCAUAUCAACACAGUGGAGUCGAUGCUCAGCAUCCUAAAAGACCAGCAAAGGAAGAACUAAGCGCGGAUGAUGCGCAUAAAAUAAAGCAACAGGAGGAAGAUGUUAGGAAACACAAUGAGGAGGUCGAAAAUCGAUAUGAUAGAGCUAUCAACCAGGUGUCCAAUAAAAAAGAGGGUGGGCCGUUGUAUGAAAAAGCGGGCGAUAACAGUGCUAGGGGAGAAUAA